UCCCGUGCGCACUGCAAGCACAUUUCAACAAGUGGUCGGGUAGCUUUCGCGCGCGAUGCCCCGCGGUGCCGAUCGAGUGAAACUUCCAGAUACGGUGACGUUGGCCAGCCAAAUUCCGUAACAAACAUGGUGCUUCUAGCGUCUUCUUUUCCAGCCCCGCGCGUCUGACGCACGCAAUGAUAAGUGAUAGUGAUUUUCGGGACUUUCACAGCACGCCGACGGAUCCCUCGCGGUAAAAGAGGAAGCUCGGGAGUAAACCAAAAGCGUGUGCCCAAGUGUGUGGAUUAGCGCCUGUGGACAAAGUGCGACUGUGUGACUGUGUGUUGUUACUGGAGGUUGUGUGUGUGACGAUCCCGCCGAACAAUGAAAUCGAACCAGCUGUGUGGCAUAUCCUGUUGGCAUCCGGCCUGGCUGCAGCGCUUCGCUACGCCCCGAUCGUUCAUUAUGGUGUAUGGGUUUCUCGGCACCGUGCAGGCGAUGGCAUACAUCUACUUCGUCAUCACGCUUACCACGCUGGAGAAACGGUUCAAAAUUCCCUCCUCUACUACGGGUAUUAUCCUGAGUGGCAAUGAAAUAUCUCAGAUCCUACUGUCCCUCAUACUGUCGUACGUCGGCGGUCACCGGAACCGACCGCGCUGGAUUGCCUGGGGUGUGGUGUUCUGUGCACUGUCCUGCUUCAUCCUGGCCAUGCCGCACUUCAUUUACGGUGCCGGCGAUGAAGCCCUGCAGCUGACGAAGGAGUACAUCCGGGAGCGGGAAGAAGACGAAGCGCGCAUCCGCUCGCACCAGAACUACACGAUCAUGGUGAAGAGCACGAACCGGCUGUGUUUGGACACCUCCUCGCCGAAGGAAUGCCUCGAGACGAUAUCGGUCGUACCGUUGGUACUGAUCUUCAUGUCCCAGUUUGUGCUCGGCAUCGGCAAUACACUGUACUAUUCGCUCGGCCAAACGUACCUGGACGAUAAUACGAAGAAAACCAACACCCCGCUGAUGCUGGCCUACGCAUCCUCCCUGCGCACGUUUGGGCCGGUGGUUGGAUUUGCGCUCGGAUACUUUGCGCUGAAGAUCUACAUCGAUCCUACCAAGACGCCCAUCAUUGACAGCUCCGAUCCACGGUGGCUUGGAGCAUGGUGGCUCGGCUGGAUAUUGCUCGGUGUGGCGAUGAUCAUCUUCGCUUUUCUGAUCGGUAUGUUUCCAAAGGAAAUACCGAAGAAAUCAAAGCAGGCCGAUACGAACCAAGCCAAGCGCCCACACUCCUCCGUCCCCGUCAUGCUGAUGAACGACGCGGAAGCAUUCGGCAAGGAGAAGGAAAGUCUCAGCAAACGUCAGCAGCAGGCUGUGACGGAGAAUACUGCUGAGUUUGCCGAAAGCAUCGUCGAGUUUCCGCAACUGAAAGAUUUUCCCAUGGCCUUGAUGCGACUGCUCAAGAACAAGCUGCUUAUGUUUAACAUCCUUUCGGGGAUCUUUUACAUUCUCGGCUCCAGCGGGUACAUCACCUUCCUGAGCAAGUACAUCGAGGUGCAGUUUCAUAAGUCUACCGCGAAUGCGACCGUCAUCACUGGGCCCAUAACGCUCUUCGGCAUGGUCGCCGGGUUCCUAAUAUCCGGCAUAAUUAUAUCGAAGAAGAAGCCCUCGCCCAAGAAGCUGCUGUUCUGGAACGUAAUCGUCGGUGCGGGAUACAUGGCAGGGCAGAUAUCCUACCUCUUCCUGACCUGUCCCGACGGUACGAUGCCAUUGGUGCAGGGCCGACUAAAUCUUACGACCGACUGUAACAGCCACUGCCACUGUGACGGGAUACCGUACAGCCCGGUCUGUCAGGAGGAUACGGGCAUUACCUUCUUUUCCGCCUGUCAUGCCGGAUGCGAUCAGUGGCACACGGCAGAAAAGUAUUACGACAGUUGCUCCUGCCAAAAUGAAAACUAUUCCCCUAUCACUAAACAGCCGUGGGAAAAAUACACGACCACUUUCUAUACAACCCAGCUCAAUCCAUCUACAACACCACAGAGCAUUGCAAAUGCAGUCGAUCAAAGUAAACCCACAGAGGCUUGGUUGACUUCCGGCACGGGCAGUGGGAGCUCCUCAACGGUCGGACAGUUGGAUACAACUACACUGAACGUUGCAGCUGACACGAUUAAACUCUUGGCCGGCAAUGAACCAGUGGUCAACUACACUCUUUCCCACGAUGAGCUGAAGACGGACGACACCAACCUACCCCCGUCAGAUAAGCCUGGCGAUCAGCUGCCGAACGGUGCCGAACAGUCUGACGAGCCACACCAGGAACAAAGCUCUUUGCCGCCCAUUCCGGAAGCUUCGGCCGACGACGGUACCGAUCCAACAACAGAAUCUUCGCGUCGGAUAAGGCGACAAGCGGUGAACAAAACCGACGAUGAGCAACACUCAACAAGGACCAUACCGAACCAACCGGACAGCAUACUUUACACGGCGAAACUAGUCCCUGGUGCAUGCCUCAAAGGAUGUGCAGUGGGUUUCUAUCUCUUUUCCAUCAUCUCCAGCAUUAUCAACUGUUUGGGUGCAUCUGGUCGAAUCGGUAAUCUGCUGGUCAACUAUCGAUGCGUCUCGAAGCAGGACAAAUCUUUCACCCAAGGAUUGAUACUGAUGAUGAUUAGUUUGUUCGCAUUAAUUCCUGGUCCGAUUAUCUACGGAAGAAUUAUCGACAGUACUUGUCUAGUGUGGACGGAAGAAUGUGGCAAACGGGGCAACUGUCAACUGUACGACCAGAAGCUGUUCCGAUAUUACAUUAACAUUACAGCAUUGUGUCUUACGUCGGUAGGAGUGUUUUUCGAUGGUUUGGUAUGGUGGUAUGGCAAAACGUUAGAUUUGUACGGUGAGCGGGAAAUGGCGGAACAGCAACAGAGACAACAGCAGCAGCAGCAGCAGCAGCAGCAGCAACACAACCAGCACAAAGUUCAUCCAGAACCGAUCAGUAAUCAUGCGUUCAAACAUGAUUCGUGAUACACGCUCAUCGGUGUAUCGGUUUAAGCUGUGUGUAAAUGUAUUACUGUUAACCGUAUGUUUGGUGUGCCGUGUUACGGUCAAUAAGCGAUAAGGGAUAAUUUACAAUAAACGGUAUUCAUCUUAA